AGAGUUCUGACGGGCCACACCAGCGCUGCAGCGUCCUAGAGGACGGUCCCUCCGGGCUCCCAGCCCUUACAGCCCGGAGGGUGUCUCACUGCGCGGCUUCCUCCGGGUGAAGGAAACAGCUAGAAUUUGCUGGAAGAGCUGACCUCCUGCCCUGGAAACCACCGCGCCCCCUGCUGGCGGUCCUCCGCCGAGCUGAGCGACGGAAGCAGAUCCUGGCUUCCGGUCAGGCAGGCGCCCGUUGUCCUGCCGCAAUGAAGCCGAGCAGCCUCUCCCUCCUGGCCUUGACCAUCUUGCUUUGCCUCCACGUGGCCCAGCCUGGAGUACGGAAGAAUGGAACUAAGUGGAAACCUGGAUUUUGCCCAGAGUUUUUUCUUGAGUGUGCUUUCAACGGAUUCCCUGGGUGCCGGAGUGAUCGAAGUUGCAAGGCGGGCAAGAAGUGUUGCUACUACAAUUGCCGACAUCAGUGUGUAGAACCAGCGUUGUUUCUGGAUUGA